AAUUCCACGGCGUUCACUUUACUUGUAGAGCGAAGGCAUCUGGAAAAAACACGAUAUUACUCGGUUAAAAUCAUCGUCCGAUGUACCAAGUACCUUCGCGACGUCGAGAAUUAAUUCGUUAACAUUGGCCCCCCAGUGUUCGUCCACGGAAUAAGUGCUAGUAGUAAAAAACAUUCGUGUGAAUCUCCUCACCAGACAAGUGAGCAGUGUUUAAUAAUAAUGGCCGAUGCCGAGGGAAAAAAAUUGACCGAACUUCGGGUCAUAGAUCUGAAAACUGAGCUGGAGAGACGGGGUCUCGAUAAAACUGGAAACAAAGCGGCUCUUCUCGAACGUUUGUCAAAGGCGAUUACCGAGGAGGGAGACGAUCCAGAGGCGUACCUAAUUGUUCCCUGUGGUGGAACAAACAAGAUAAGCCCUCGAAAAAACAGUGUUACUGGAUCAAACCCUUCGGAAGAGUCUCAAGAAACGCAGGAGAGUAAUCAUAAAGAGGAGACCGUCGAUAACAGUAAAGAAAAUCAGCUGACAAUCAGUGAAGAGACAAAAUCUUCAAUGGCUGAAGUGGAGGACAACCCGGCAGCUGAAAAUGAAACCCAAGAGACUGCUGAACACGAAGAAUCAGUCAACGAAGAAGUUAAGAAGGAAGAGGUGAAGGGAGAACAGAAGGAAGAGAAGGAAGAAGAGAUGAAGGAAGAGGAAGAAGCGAUAAAGGACAAGAAGGAAGAGGAGGUGGAGGAAGAAUGUAUGGAGGUAGAGGCAGUGGAGAAGGAGAGUGUUAAGGAACCUGAGACGAUUGUGAUGAACAAGGAGUCUGAGAAAAAAAUUAGCCUUGAUGCCACUCCAAUCGCUCCUUCUCCUCCUACUCUAUCAUCUGAUACCACAUCAGCGACUGUUGAAGCUAACGGCAUCGAUAAUGAGGAUUCCAUCAAUUUGACCAUCGGGGAGGACGAAGAAAACCUCCUAGCCGAGGAGACAGAGAUGCACGUCAGGCAGAAAGUUGGCUUGAUUGUUCCUGCAGAUGGUGGGGGUAAGAAGAGAAUUGAAGAUAACAGCAAGAAGGGAGAUUCCAAAGGUAGCAGAGGUGACACUGGCGGCAAGGACAGCGGAUCCAACGCAACCGGGAACAAGAACAAGGACGAUGGAGGCAAGAGCAGUGAGUCUAGUAACAAGGGACAAAAGAGAGAUGAUAAGGACAAGAAAAUUACUAGCAAUCCUGCGAAUGCAGGCAGCCGAAACCUGUGGGUAUCUGGGUUAUCCUCAACGACUCGUGCCACCGACUUGAAGCAGAUUUUUUCGAAAUAUGGAAAAGUUAUUGGUGCUAAAGUUGUGACUAAUGCUAGAACUCCAGGAGCCAGGUGUUACGGCUACGUGACAAUGUCUUCUAGUGAAGAUGCAGCCAAGUGUAUUCAGCAUCUCCAUAGAACUGAGCUGCAUGGCCGCGUGAUUUCCGUUGAGAAGGCCAAAGGUGAUUCCCAACAAGGUCACAUGCGUAAACGUGAAUCGACAAAUGGCAAACCCGAGAAGAAAGAUGAAAAGGAAAAGCCUAAGGAUUUCCAUCACGACUCCGCAUCCGAUAAAAAAGAGAAAGUCGAGAAAAAAGAGGCUGAAGACAAAGCUGGUGAGAAGUCUGAGGAAAAGGCUAACUUGGACGAGAAGAAAUCCGACAUCAGCGAGAAGAAGGACGAGGGUAAGGACGGCGAUGCGAGGUCAACUAAAUCUACUAGUAAAAAGCCAGAGGGUGAACGUAAACGAGAUGAAAAACGUACACGUCCAGCUGAUGGUCAUCGUGCCUCCAGGUCCCGUAGUCGUGAGAGACGACGAAGGGACGAUGUCCUGACAUUUGCAAAGAUCAGGGAGGAGAGGGAGAGACAGCGUCUUCGGGAUCGUGAGCGUCUUCUUCGUGAGGAGGAGCGUCGGCGUCGUGAGGAUAUGGAGCGUCAACGGGAGAUUGAACGCAGGCAGAGGGAGGAGGCAACACGAUUAGAGCGUGAAAGGGAGAAGCUGAGGAGAGAGAGGGAGAAGAUCGAGCAGGAGAAGGCAGAGCUGCUCAGGCUCGAGCGAGAGAGGCAGAAGGUGGAGCGUGAAAAACUUGAGAGGGAGCGACUCGAACUCAAGAGACAACAGAUGAGACUCGAAGAGAGCAGGAGAGUACCCCCUCCACCUGCUAUCAAGAGGUCCUCCAGUGACAGAAGGGAUAUCCGGGAAAUGUUUGCUGAACCUGAGAGAAAAAGGUUGACUACUGAGCACAGCAGGCGACACAGCCCUGAAAGGGUCACUGAUAGGAGAACGGAACUUCUUGAUCGUGUUUCGGAUAGGAGAAUCGAUGGACCACCUUCUGGAAGAUAUGAAUCUACGAGAUCAACUCAAGAUCUCGCAUUGAAAAAACGUGGAAGUGAAUUUUCAUCGCGUAGCAGUCGUCCAGAAACAUUCACUGAUGUCUCACGAGGUAGAGAGGUCAUCGUACGACGUGAGGCUCUACCGACUGCAACAUCAACAAUUGAUCCACGUCAGGUGAAAGAGAGUAGAUACGAAAGACCCAGCAGCACAUCUUAUGGACGCAGUGAGCGUGAAGUGCGACGUAACGAUGCAGAUAAUCACAGAAGUUCCAGAGACUCUGGUCGUUACAGUGAUAGCUCAAAACCACCGGGUUCAAGCUCACAAGGACGUGACAGUCGUUACAGCGAGGGUAGUAGAACACCCAGUGGAUGGCACGGAAGUGCACCAUCCUCAAAGUCUUUCAACGCAGUAUCUAGCAGUGGUAGCCAACGAGGGGAUGGUAGGAAUGAGCCAUCGAGCUGGAGUAAUCGUUCAUCAGACAGUGUCAACAGAUGGGUAUCCAGUAGUUCUGGAAAUACACUGAGACAUCCAGGACCACCAAUUGGAUAUCAGGGUGGUCCCAUUCAGUCCAUGGGAAUUACAGCACCCGGCACAACUCCUUCUAACGAACGCUUUGACCCGUAUAAAUAUUCCAUGCCCAGUUUGAGAAAGUAUUAAUCUUGAAAAAGUGAAACUAAUUAGUUGAAAUUUUUUCGAUUAAUACGCAUUCAGCACGCGUACGUAUUAUCUGUACAGUUCUGGUGGUCAUUUUUUCACCAGAUAUUUCAUUUAUUCUCAUUAAUUUUUCUUUUCUCCAUGAAUUUAUGUAUAUUUGUUUAUAGAAUUCGUAAAUCUUAAAAACUUAAAAGAGAAAAAUCAUCUAAAGUAGGAGAGUUGCGUGAGAAACAUUCACGCGGCCUUUCGUCAUUUGUUUUGAGGAAUAGGAUGAGGAAGUUAAUUAGUUAAUCAUGCAUAAUAGAAGAAUCAGGCAAAUGUUUAGCCACACCAUGAAAAAUUAUCAAAUGUUUUUUGGUAUAUUGGUAUGUGUGCCGACCAUUCUCAAUAUUUUUAGUUUGUUUUGCAAUCAUUCUGGUUAAUCAGUAUAAUGAUAACGUCGCUACUGAUUAAGGUAUGAAUAUUUGCGUGAAUUCACAUGAUAUUGAAUGUAGUGGGAGAAAAAUGUUUAUACCUGUAACGUUUAAUCUCUACUUGAUAGGAUUAAUUAUCAUAAUAAAUUGACAUUUAAGAUGCAGAAA